GAAAAGGACUAUGCUUACCUGAAGGAGAUAUGUGAUCAUCAGGCAGAGCAGCUGAGCAGAACCAGCCUAAAGCUGCAAGAGAAAGCGUCAGCGAGCGAUGCGGAGAUAAAAGACAUGAAAGAAACCAUAUUUGAAUUGGAAGAUCAGGUGGAGCAGCACCGGGCCGUCAAGUUACACAAUAAUCAGCUCAUCAGCGAGUUAGAAAGUAACGUAAUCAAGCUGGAGGAACAAAAGUCAGACCUGGAGAGGCAACUGAAGGCUCUGACGAAGCAGAUAAAGGAGGAGACGGAGGAGUGGAGGCGGUUCCAGGCGGACUUGCAGACGGCGGUGGUGGUAGCCAACGACAUCAAGUGUGAGGCCCAGCAGGAGCUGCGCACUGUGAAGAGGAGGCUGCUGGAGGAGGAGGAGAAGAACGCCAGGCUGCAGAAGGAGCUGGGGGACAUGCAGGGCCACAGCAGACCUGUGGAUGAAGAGCCAGAGUCCUCUGAGGUCGAUGCUCCUGGCCGGUGGCACAGCGUCUAUGUUAGCAGAACCUCUCCAACACCUGCAGAGUCUGCAACUACUGUUAAGUCACUCAUCAAGUCAUUUGACUUGGGCCGCCCAGGUGGAGCUGGACAGAAUAUUGCUGUUCAUAAGACCCCCAGAAGCCUCCUAAGUGGAAUACCAGUGAGGACUGCUCCAGCCGCUGCUGUCUCUCCAAUGCAGAGACAUUCGACUUACAGCAGUGCACGGCCGGCCAGCAAAGGAAUCACUCAGCGCUUGGAUCUGCCUGACCUUGCCCUCUCAGAUCUUCUAAAAGGAAGGGCUGAGGACCUGAAGCCAGACCCUUACCUCCGAAAGAGCCCCUCACUCGAGUCUCUGAGCAGACCCCCCUCUCUGGGCUUUGGGAACACAAGACUGCUGAGCGCCUCCACCGGGGGGCUGAAGCCACAGAGUAAACUCAGUGUGGAAAGAAGAGACCCUCUGGCAGCCUUGGCCCGUGAAUAUGGUGGCUCCAAGCGCAAUGCUCUGCUGAAAUGGUGCCAGAAGAAGACAGAAGGUUAUGCGAACAUUGACAUCACUAACUUCAGCAGCAGCUGGAGUGACGGCCUGGCCUUCUGUGCGCUGCUGCACACCUACCUGCCUGCCCACAUCCCCUACCAGGAGCUGAACGGUCAGGAGAAAAAGAAGAAUCUCUUGUUGGCAUUUGAAGCAGCUGAAAGUGUGGGCAUCAGGCCCAGCCUGGAGCUCAGCGAGAUGCUGUACACGGACCGGCCCGACUGGCAGAGCGUGAUGCAGUACGUGGCCCAGAUCUACAAGUACUUUGAGACGUAACCCUGGAGGGCCUGAGAGCAGCCGCCAUUGAGCCACCUGCUGUGGUUUGUCCUGAGGGCACCUGGUCACUGUCCACCCAGCCAUCCACAGCUUCAAAGGAAGGCUCCAUGCGAGUGGACCGACACGCAAAUAACAAACAGAGCGGGGCCCCCCACACACGGAUCUCAGAUGCAGGUGCGCUGUGGAGUGUGA